UACAACCACAAGAGCAGUUCAGUGAUGGAACAAAACUAACAAGUUGAUUUUUACUGUCAAGAAAACAUAGGCGAGAGAUGAUGCAGUAAAUUUUAAAGAUCUUACGGGGAUUAUCCGCAUUUACAAUUACAUCUCCAGUCAUUUCACGGAGUGCUCGAGUGAACGUACUGGUGGGAAAACUAGUGUGAAAAGAAGACUGUUGAGAUUUGGAAGAGUGCGCGAAACACUCGGAACAGUGACUGUAGAUGUUUUACAUCUUUCCUGCCAUAUACGCUUUAUGGCUGUGAACAUUUGUGGAUUGUGAGUUUUGAGCACAAAAGGCUCGUAUUAUAUCCAGAAAAAGUCUUGAUAAGAUGAAGGGAGCAAUCCAAGCACUUCUACUCUGUUCGUGUAUCUUGGGCGUAAAGGUGGCUAUAAGCGAGACCUGUGCCAGUAAGCAGUUCACAAACACAGGUGAAUGUUGCAGCAUGUGUGCGGCAGGCACUGGUUUGGCAGCCAGGUGUGGCCAGGAAGACACUACUUGUCAGCCAUGUCAAGAUGGUGUGUCAUUCUCAGACUCAGAGGGCCUUUCAGCUUGUCUGCUGUGUGCCCGCUGCCCUAUUGGAAUUCAGGAACUGGCACGCUGCACUCCCACUCAGGAUACCCAUUGUGAUUGCGGUGAGCAUUUCUUCCUGUGGCGGGAGGAUAGCAACCCAAAUGGUCUCUGUGCAGCCUGCACACUGUGCAACCAUGGAAGCGGAAUGGUUCGGCCCUGUGGACCACUGGGAAAUACUGUUUGCGAGCGAUGCAAACCAGGAACUUACUCAAAGGAGAAAAGCGACUGGAAAUCAUGUGUGCCCUGUUCAAGCUGUAGUGACGAUGAGGUGGAGAUCAGACCCUGCAUGCCUGAAUUUGACACUGUCUGUAUGGUAAAAGACCUCAACAUCCUGUCCCGGCCGGCAAGUUCUGAAUUCCCCCGCUGGCCAACUCUGAGCGAGGACACGGAUAACAGGAGCAGCACAGCUCCAGGUUCAGAAGCACCUCGACUCACACCUCCGGACCAGGGAGGCAGCAACAACAUCAUGGUCUAUGUGUCUGUACUGGCUGCAGUGGUGCUUGGUCUCCUGUUCUACGUCGCCUACAAAUGCUGGAAGUCCUGUCAACAGAAGCAGGCUCUUGCUAAAGCUCGCGUCGGAGAGUUGAACAAUGCUGGAGAGGGAGAGAAAUUACACAGUGACAGUGGUGUGUUCCUGGACUCUCACAGCCUUCAAGACAGCCAGCCCAGCAAAGGCAGUAAACGGGACAGCAAACAAGACACACGGCUUUACGUGAACCUGCCCCCCGUCAGGCAGGAGGAGGUGGAGCGACUUCUCGUAGAGAGUGGCAGCCGGAGCUGGAGGCAGCUGGCUACCACGCUUGGUUACGAACAAGAGCGUGUGGACAUGUUUGGACGGGGCCAGGACCCCAUCCACACCCUAUUGACUGACUGGGCACAGCAGGAGGGCUCCACGUUGGGCCUGCUCUGCUCCGCUCUCACCCGCAUUGGGCGGCCGGAGGUCAUUACUGUCCUCACGGCCCCCAAUCAAGGAGUGUCAUUGGUCUGAAAACUUGAAUAUAUUUUUACCACUUAAUGAAAGUGAAAGAGACACAGAGGAAGAGUAAAAUUACAGAGGAAGAGUGCAAACCCCAAUCAUUUUCGAACGGGAAUGCCAUGUUGCGUGCACUAAGACUUUGAAGACCGGGAUUAGAAAUAAUAACAAGGUUUAGUAUUCAUAGUAAUGUUUCACUUAUGAAUUUUGUUUCUACAGGCUUUCUGAGAUGUUCUUCAAUCUCAGAUUAAUUUCUGCUCAAGAUCUAGAUGUUUCCUGCAGUAUCCAAAAGAGAGUUUAUGCUUUGUAGUGUCAAAACAAACUCCAUUUUCUCUCUUUGUCAGUGUUAUGGGUGCUUGUGGUUUCAGCUAUGGUUGAUAUCAAAGAACAUGAACUUUUGUGAGCUGCUCUCUAUGCUCUGCGGCCUCAUAAAUGACAGUUUUCCCAUUUGUGUGGAAAAGCCUCAUAGUGCCAGAGAAAGUAUCGUGCAUGCAAUGCUGUCAUGAUUUUGUAUUUAUAUUUCAGCGCUUCUGCCAUUUGAACAAGUCAACAAAGUUGGACAAAGUAUUCAGCUUCGACACAGUGGCUUGUCAAGGGCAGCUUACACUGUGAGGGAUGUUAUGAUUUCCAGAUAGAAAGGAAAACCACUAAAUGAGCUGUACAAAGAACUUGUAUGUUGAGAAGAACAAACAUACGGAUGAGGUGCCUUAAGAGUAAAUGUUUAUGAUUGGUUUUUAAGCUUGGUAGAUCAGUCUGCACUGAUCAAUAAAUCUUUUAUUUUAUUUUUGUCUAGUUUUUCUAUAAAAAAUUUUAAAACGUAUAAUUCUUAAAUGUAGAUAAAUUCACUUUAGAAGACUUGUUCUCUUAGAAUAUCUGUUUACUAUUAAGUUUACUUUUCUUACUCCAUUGACAGUUUUGUUUUCUUAGUUCCAGCAUAAGCCUCUCAAAAUUUUGUAAGAUAUAAGACAAAUAAGAUAUAUUUUCUGAAAACAAAUCUUAAUAUGUUGUGUAAUUUUGCUUCGAGUAAACGUAUCUUUGUUUAAGGAAGUUAAGGUAUUUUUACUGGAAAACGAGACAAAACAAAAUAAUGCAGCACAUAGACACGAGUGCCUGGUUUGCACUUUAACAAACAGCGCAAUGGAAGCCUACACAGCUUAGGUUACAUCCUGAGGGCAAAAACUUCUCUUGUGCCUUGACGUUGCAUGCUCUGUUUUGUGCUUUGAUGGGUUUACUCUACAAUGCAUGUAUUUUACGAUCAUUUCUAUAUUUGAGUGCCGAGUUCUGGUUGAGUGUAGAUGCUUUCCAUAUUCAUUACAUUAAUCACUUAUGUUUGUUCUUUUCAUUAAUGAAAUAUAUUUGUAUUUUUCAAAAAAUAAAUAAAUUGUGUGAGCAAAGAAUUGGCCUUUUUAUGACCCUGAAAAUGUUUUCAAUGCUAGGCAGUGUAUGAUGUUAUGAAAGCAGUGUUACUUUGAAAACAGGAUUUGAACUUGGGAGGAUUUUUUGUUUCUGGCACCAUUAACCCAAAACAGCAAUUCAUUGGGUUAAUCUCAGGCUCUUUGGUGGUUCCAUGACUUCAGAUAUUGAUUCAUUCUUUUCUCUUUCUCCUAAUACUCAUGUAUCUUCGCCCUUCCUGUCCAUUUAAAGAGAACAUACUCUAAAACAAAUGGUGUGCAUUUUACUUUAAAACCAUAGCCAGAUGAAGUUGUUCAGGCAUGUCAAUGGCUGCCUUUUUUUCUGGGCUAAUUGCUCAGCUUGGCAAGCGAGAGCUGCAAGAUGUGUAAAUCAGUUCGAAAGUCAAAGUAAUGAUGUGUUAAUGCCAACUCGACACCUAACCAAAAACAGCAGUUUAUUGGCAGUUAGAAUUGUCUGACUUUUAAAAAGCGAUCACAAUAGCAUGCUUUGUUUGCAUAUUAAACGUUUUCAUCUGUACUUUUCCUGUGGUCAAGACUAUAGUCGGGCAGUAGGUACAAUUUAAAAAAUGGGGAAGCACAUAUUAAGGCAUGGGUAUUAAUUAUUUCCCUAACAUUGGAGAUGAACAUAACACAUUUCUGUGGGAAGUACGAGUCCACGACAUGUUUUUUUUUUUUUUUUCACAACCAAAACAGAUAACUGUUAUUUAUGUUUAAGUGUCCAAUUUGUAUUGUGCCUUAUUCUUGCCAUGGAAUAAAAAAA